UUCUUUAGUUUUGUUUUUCCUUUUUUUUUUCUUUUAUUUGUUUUUUUUGCUCGUCUUUUAAUGAAAAUUAUUUGUUUCUCGAGUCGUUUUGUUUUUCAAUGCUUAUACAGUUCCUAUGUUGAACAUUUAACUUCUCUCUAAUCCUACUCUAUUCGACGGGAUAGCCAGUACGAACAGUCACAAAGACUAUAUGUAUGCAAUUCAUUUAAUCUAUGAAAAUAUUAUCGAUGAUUGUAUAAUUGUAGUUGUUCGGCGAAUGAAUUAAAUACAAGAAACUCAAUCCCUUAGAGAAAAACCGGACGAAGAAGAGAAGUAAUCACUGACAUAGAGACAAACACACGAUUAAGCUUUGGGUGUGUGUUUCACUAUAUGGCUGGAAGAGAUCUGCUACCACUGGGACCACAUCUUCCGCGUAGCACAUCGCUUACACGAUGACAGUGACUACUAAGAAUUAAAGAUUUUUUACCCAAAAAUAUACAAUUAUUGAUCCAAUCAACAUAGAUGAAGAAAUAUCUAGUUGUAUAGAAUCAAUAAAGGGGAUCUCAACUAUCUUUCAUCUAAAUAUGAGAAUGAAAACGCUGAGAUAUAACUAAAACGAUACUUACAAUGACAAUAUGUAAAUAAUGCCAAUAGAAUGUUGAUUUAACCAACUUAGACAAAAAUCUAUAACAGAAGAAAAACAGUUAUCAAACUAUUUAAAGAAUAUUUAAAACCUUCCUUUGUUACUAUUAGAGGUCUGAUGUUCGACCCUUUUCUUUAUUUAUUUCAAAAUCAAAAAUGUCCUCACACGCACAUACAAGAUAUAACUAUUUGAACUCUGCACACACACUCUCUCUAUAUAUCUCUAAUAUAUAAAAAAAACAUCUGCCCAUAUAUAUAUGUAAACGAGAUCAAGGGUUACUUAAGGACAAACAAUAAAGAGUGAUCAAGGUUAUAUAACAUCAAAGAAAGAGAAAGAGAAAAGAAAAAAAGAAUGAAAGACAUAUAUGUGUAUAUGGGUGAUUUGCGCUACCAUUGUACCGUUUGCGUUCCGAACAUAAAAAUGCUUAUAACUCCUCUUCUACUGAAUGACUUUUAACGAUUCUUUUUUUACAUAACUAUAGACUAGUGUCCUACUUACAGUAAAAAUUUCGAGCCUUUCUUCCCUUCCGUUCCUUUCAAACAUCGAACAAGAAAAUUUAAAGUCUAUGAUUUCUAACGCCGUUUGAUCAAAAAGAUUAUGUGGCUAUUCCAAAAUCUUGAUUAGAUAAAUAAUCUUUCGCAGCUGUUUCGCAACUGAUACUUUCUACUUUCUAACCAUAUCAAAGGAUCAUAAAUUUGAUUUCGACUUAUCUCCAAAAUCUUGCAAUAAUUACUUUGACAUACACUUUGGCUAUUUUAUGUCCCGACAGAUUAAAUUCAAUCUACUAUAGCCAAUUGAAAACCGAAUGGGUAUUUCUUUGUUUACAUUUGUAGACUAAAGAGUGAAAAAUCUUUCUAUAAAAAAAAUUUUCCCUAAUGGACUUCUAAGUCAAAUAAAAAACAAAAAAUAAAACGAACAACUGACUAUUGUUCUACUAAAUGUCCCGACAGAUUUUUAAUUUCUUUUCUUUCAUUUCUCGGUAACUAUAUGGAGUUAAUCGAUUAUUUUUUUAUCUUUUUAAGCUGACUAAGUAGUCAGUCUACCAUAGAAAUAUCAGCUCAUAAACAAGCAUAGUUCAUGAGAAACCAAUAUUUUCUUCAAAAAAUGUCCCGACAGAUUUUUGUGCAUCGAAAUGUCCCGACAGAUUUUUUCAAUAUUACGACAUUAUAACUCAUCAUUUUCACACAUAUAUUGAGAAGCCUUAACACUUAAAAUGAUUGAGAGUUGUCUCUUACUCUCUUUUAAUUCUGAUAACAAUUUAAAAAUAGUACUGUAGAUAUCGUAUUCUGCGAAAAAACUCUACAAUACUCAGUGUUUUUAGAAAACUCAGUUUUUCCCGAAAUGAAGAAACUGACAGUUGGGAAAACACUUAAUAUAUAUGCAACUGAUAGAGCUCUAUCGAAUGUGCGACUCAAGUUCUCUUCAUGUUCACUUUGAUUUUUUCCCAAUUUUUUCAUCAAACGGUACAAUGGUAGCGCAAAUCAUCCAUAUAUAUACAGUAGUUUGUAAAAAAAAACAAACUGUGUCUAAUAUUUUUCAACACUAUUCUUAGACGAUUCGUUUAUUUCUGUUAGUUCCACCAUGGUUCAAUAGUGCAUAAUGAAUUUAGUAUUAUUUUCAUCUAUCCUAAGAAGAAACAUGAUGGUUAUAAUCGCUACAAUUGGCAGUCACCUAAAAAAAUUUAUAUAAUAAUAUAGCAGCUUUACGAUAAAAUGUUGUAUUUGUGAUCGGCAAAAUGAAAAGGCAGCCUCUUUAGUAACAAUGACAACAUUAAAAGUUUGAAAUUGCAUAGAUGUAAAACUCUAAGAGUUGUUUCAACUAUUCGAACAUUCAAGUUUUCAACUAUUGAUUUUAAUGAGAUCUCCAAGGAUCCUCGGAAGAUGUUCUUGGGUGCAGAUACCUACUUGGUAUAACAUGAACUUGAGAUUCAUGAAAUUUGGAUUUUACCUUUUUGGAAUCGGAACAGGUGUGAGUGCCAUAGAAGAGGAAUAUGCAAAUCAUCCAUAGCACCGGGUGUGAGUGUCGCACAACGUUAAAAUGUCCAAGCAGAGACAGAUACAAUCCUUACCACUCUGUCUGGGUAGCACAGAUCGGAUAGUUGAAUAUUCAAAUAGUUGAAAAGUCGUAACGACUUAACGACUUGUACAUUACAGAAAUAUAGAGCAGCACAGUAAAUUAUUAUUAUGAGCAACUAUUCUAGAUUUAAACUGAUAUUUAUCUCAAAUGUAUUAACUAACAAUAAUACUUGGUUUAUUUUAGGAAGAUGUCAAACGGCAAAAGGACCUGUUUUUGAAAUCUCUUCAAAAAAAUCGUUCAACAUUUAUUGAAUAUUUUUUAAUAGCUGGCUUUGAUCCAUUAACUUUAGUCGAGAAAGAUGAUAUUUCUAGUUAUCAAAAAUUUAUUGAACAAUUAUAUGUGGACAGUUAUAAAGCCAUGAAUACGAGUCAUAGAAAUCGGUUAAUAACAAUACUUGGUAAAUUACCUCUUGAACCAAUGACAGAAGUUGAUUAUAAAUUAAAUAAAUUUGAUUUGAGUAAUCAUAUAUUUCCUUUUUGUGGAUCACCGGGACAUGUUGAAAAUGAUUAUGAAUUAAAUGUUAUAAAUAGUAAUAUAAAAACUGAUCGAACAAACAAUAAAUAUACAAAACAUCACAUGUUACGUGAUCUUUUUUUAUGGUCUAUUCUUAUGGACAUGCCUGAAAUGGCUAAAGUCUUACUUCUACAUGUUCGAUCUCGUAUUUGUGCUGCUCUUAUAGCUUCAGCUGUAUUUAAAAAAUAUUCAAACUCAUCUCAAAUAGUUGAUUUAAGAGAUAAAUUUCAAAGUCAAUCAUUAGAAUUUGAAACAUAUGCUGCAAUGUCGAUUAAUAAAUGUUAUGAAUAUAAUGAGAAACGUGCUUGUGAAUUACUUUUACGACAAAUACCACUUUUUGGUAAUGUUACAUGCAUGCAGGUUGCUAUUUCAAGUGAAAGUGUAAAAUUACUUGAAACAGCUUGUUUUGAUCAAACAUUAAAUCAAGUAUGGUUUGAUAAAUUAUCUUUGAGUAAUCAACAAACAUCAGCAAAAUUAUUACAAAUUCCUUCAAUUCUUACUUUUGGCUUAAUAGCACCUUGGGUUAUCAAUUAUAGAAAAGAAAAUGAAGAAUCAUUGAUGAAUACAAAUCUAUCUAAACAAGGUAUAAACUAUUAUGUUGAUGAAAAAAAUUCAACAGAAGCACCAUGUACAAAAUAUUGGACACAUUUUCGAUAUUUUCAUGAAAGUUCAUUAAUAAAAAUGUCUUAUCAUUUUAUUAGUUAUAUAUGGUUUUUACUCGUAUUCAGUUAUAUGAUGCUUUAUCAUCUAGAUAAUCGUAAUACAUUUAUCAUUCCUCAUUGGACUGAAAUUUAUGUGAUUAUUACUGUUUCAACUAUGUUUUGUGAAGAAGCUCGAAAACUUUUUCAAGAAUAUGAUGCACGCAUGCUUGAACGAUGGGGUUCAACUGGAUCGACUCUUUUAACUGUGUUGACGAAUACAUUUUAUAUUUUGCCUUAUUUUCUUUUUUAUUUGGGUCUUGGUUUUCGUUAUGGUAGUUAUAAUGAAGAUUUACUUUCUACUGCAAGAAUUAUUUGGGCACUUGAUCUUGAAUUAUGGUAUCUUCGAACACUUAAAUUUGUUAUGGCUUUAAAAUUUUUAGGUCCAAAAUUAUUUAUGUUAAAAAAUAUGCUUCGGGACUUAUUUGCCUUUGUCUUUAUGAUUUUUAUAGCAAUAACUGCUUAUGGAGUUGUAUCUCGAUCAUUGAUUCUUUAUAAACAAGUACCAUUUACAGGUUAUGGUAUUUUUAGUGAAAUUUUUUAUGAACCAUAUUGGCUUAUUUAUGGAGAAGUGUCGGAUAAAGAUUUACUUGAUGACAUAAUUAACAAUAAUAAUAAUGCAACAGGCAAUGCUGCAGAAGCGACAGCAACACAUGUUUUAUUAGCAUUUCAUAUGUUAUUUAUUAACAUUCUUUUACUCAAUUUACUAAUUGCCGUUUUUGCUGAUACAAUUGGAAAAGUUCAAGAAAAUACAGAAUUUUAUUGGCGUUAUCAACGUUAUUCAUUUGUACGAGAAUAUUUCGAACGUUUACCAUUAUCUUAUCCUCCAUUAAUUAUUAUUCCACAUAUCAUAUUACUUUUUUUGACUAUUUAUCAAAAAUGUUGCUCGAAAUUGAGUCGAAACCGAGUGAUCAAUGAAAAUCAUGUUCCACUAUCAAAAAGCUUCACACGUAUUUUUAAAAUGAUUCCAGUAAAUGACUCACAGAAUGAACAAUGGGAUUCAUUUGAAAAUGCUGCAACGUAUAGUUAUGUUCGUUCAAUAUUAGAAAAUAAUAAAAAUAAAAAUACAUUAACUACUAAUUAUGAACAACUGAAGAGCACAAUACCUACAACUGAUUCAAAUCUUUCAAAAACAACUGUAGAUCAACAACAAAUAAUAGAAAAUUUAAAAAAUGAAUUAAUGUCAACAUUUAAAUUAGCUCUUGUGGAAACUCAAAAAGGAUUAGAACAAAACAAUUCAAGAAUGGAAAAUCGUUUAGAUCAGAUGAAAGCAUCACUUGAAUGGAUGAUGAAUGCAAUGUCACGUGUCAAAAUGAAUAAUCCAAACGAUCCAAGACCUACAUUUGCAUCAUCUUCUCUUAGAAAUGAUACUUCAUUUGCAGAUCAAGCAACAACAUUAACCACAAAUUCUGUUGAAUAG